UUUUACGACUUUUAUAUGGCUUUUUACCAUCCGUCAAAUGUCGGAGAUUUUCCCUUUCCAUCAUAAAAAGAUUUCCAAACCGCCCUUUUCUUUUACCUAAUUAACAGAAAGAAGAGAGAUUUGAGAAACCUGCCAAGGAGGAGGAAAAAAGAAAAGCAAAAAACAGAAGCAGAGCGACCCAGAUCCUGCGCUCUCUCUCUCUGUCUCUCUCUCUUUCCAAUUAACAAACUAGAUUUCGUUUCGAAAAGUGCAAGCUUUUGCCCUUCAGCAUUCAAGUGGUGCGAUUGGGUCCCACGUUCUCGAUGAUGAGGUGAACCUUAAGGAGUAAAGGAUCCACAUAUUUCAAAGAAUCAACGGCUACCCUACGUUUCUCUUCCACCUUCCUAGCCUCUCUUUUUCUUUUUCCUCUGCCUCCUCUCUCUCUCUCCCUCGCCCUUUAAUAAAGUUUUGCUCUCUUUGCUCCUAUUAAUUGCACACCUGCUCUUUUUCUCAUCUAGGUACCUUGAAUUCUCCAUUUCUUUUGCAGUCUGUUUUUUUUUUUUUUUUUCCCUUUAUUGUAGUACCCAUCAUCCUUCUCCUCUUGUUCUUCAUCUGGUACCUCAGAUUUUGUUUUUUCUUAUUCUUUCGUUACCGGGUUUUGCUUCUUUUUUAGAUUUAAUUUUAUUUUGCCGCCUGGUAUUUAAAAAUUUAAUCUCUUACUCCUAGAAAGCCUUUUUGAUUGUGAAAGUUGUGUUCUUUGGGAUCUGUACUACUAUAUAGUCGGUGGGAUUUGUUGGCUUGGUCAAUGGGUGCCUUGGAUGAGGGGCAUUUCAAUUUGGAACUUGAGAAUGGAGUGAAACUUGACUGCCUUGAGCUGGGAUUUCAAGAGCAAACUGAGACUUUAGCUAUUGAGAAUGCUGUGAGUGUUCUACUGCAAGGUCUUGGCGAGGAUAUCAACAGGGAAGGUCUCAAAAAGACUCCACUUCGUGUUGCCAAGGCCCUUCUUUAUGGAAACAGAGGUUAUAAACAGAAUGCAAAUGACAUUGUUCACAGUGCAUUAUUCCCUGAAUCUGGUUUGGAUAAUGCAGUAGGUCAUGCAGGAGGAGCUGGAGGGCUCGUGAUUGUGCGAGAUCUUGACCUUUUCUCUUACUGCGAAUCCUGCUUGCUUCCAUUUCAGGUUAAGUGUCACAUAGGUUAUGUCCCAUCUGGUCAGAGGGUUGUAGGACUAAGCAAGCUCUCUAGAGUUGCUGAUGUCUUUGCAAAACGACUGCAAGACCCACAGCGUCUAGCAAAUGAGAUCUGUUCAGCUCUGCACCAUGGGAUCAAACCAGCAGGUGUUGCUGUUAUUCUCCAAUGUUUACACAUUCAUUUUCCAAGUUUUGGAUCAUUGUUACUCGACUCCAACCAUCAGGGGUUUGUGAAAGCACUAGUCCAUUCCGGGUCUGGUGUUUUUGAAACUGAAACUGCUGAUACAUGGUGUGACUUUUUGAGCCUUCUUAAGUUCAGAGGUAUAAAUGUGGAUAAAGAUCAUUUGAAAGGCUCUAUGGAGCAGUGUUGGUGUCCAUCCCAAUCUUCUUCGAGUUCUAAAAUUUUAACAAAGAUUGGACUGCCAAACCCAGAAAUGGUCUCCGCAGUGACGUCAAUUCUCACAUCUAUUGGGGAAGACCCUCUAAGGAAAGAGCUUGUUGGAACUCCCAGUCGAUUUGUGAAGUGGCUGAUGAACUUCCAUAAUACAAAUCUGGAAAUGAAGUUGAAUGGCUUUGGCUGUAGUAGGAUGGAUCCUCUUAAAGCCAAUGGCGGUGUCAGCCAUAACAAAGAACAGCUGCAAUCUGAGCUCAACCUGUCAUUCUGGUCUCAGUGUGAGCAUCAUUUGCUGCCCUUUUAUGGAGUUGUGCAUAUUGGUUAUUUCCAAGCUGAGGGAUUCAAUCCCAUUGGAAAAUCUCUUCUACAGUCCAUUGUACAUUUCUAUGGUUUCAAGCUCCAAGUGCAGGAAAGACUUACCAGGCAGAUUGCAGAGACUGCUUCAUCGAUUUUGGGUGGAAAUGUGAUGGUGGUUGUGGAGGCUAACCAUACUUGUAUGAUUUCUAGAGGUAUUGAAAAGUUUGGAAGUAAUACAGCUACGAUUGCUGUACUUGGUCGAUUUUCAACAGAUCCUUCUUCAAGGGCCAUGUUUUUGCAGAGCAUUCCAAAUUCUGCUGCUUGUGGAGGAUUAUGACCGUGAAAAUUAGUUUUUGGAGAUAGUUCCAGUCAUUUUUUCACAUUUUCUUGGUUGUUUAUUUGUUUUCCUCUGGCGCUGGUAUGACAGAGAAUGGUUGUGACAGAUUGUUCCGUGGAUGCCCGGGACAUGUUUUGGUUUGUCCACACAAGGUUCUUAUGCUGACGAGCAGGAGCUGUGACAAUAAAAAAAGAAAAGAAAGGUAUAAUGAUCAAGUAUCCAGAAAAUCUAUAACCCUUAAGAGCGAAAUUCCAAGGGUCACCAUUUUAGCGUUAUUACUUUCUCAGUGCAAGAAAUUUUUCCCUAUACCUGACUAAAUCUUCUAAAGUAUGUAUACCAGUUUAUAUACCAGUUUAUCACAUGAAAAAUAAAAGACGCAAUCUCUCUUUUCUCAUUUA